AUGUUGGUGACAUUCAUAGUUUUUUCGCUGAUAUCGGGAUCAGAAAGUUACACGAUUGAUCAGCAAACCCAGCUACAUAAAGAUGUUUUAAACGGAUACGACAGACGCAUUCGUCCUGGAAUUGACAGAAGCGAGCCCCUUCAAAUCGAUGCAAGUUUCUACUUAACCACCCUGAACACAUUUUCCGAGAGUGAGGGUAGAAUCGCCAUUGUGGGCGCUUUCCACCUGACGUGGAUAGACCACAGAUUGUCAUGGGAUCCGACGUCUUAUGGAAACGAUCUCGGCAAAACUACAUUAUUUGUCAAAGACAUAUGGACCCCGCAGCUCGUCAACUGGAAUCCGUAUAAUUUACUGAACUUCAUUGGUCUAAAUGAACUGUCUUGUGAAAUAUACUACAGCGGGCAGGUGUAUUUCCUCCCGCCCGAUUUGUACCAAGCCACAUGCGAUGCUGAUGUGACGAACUAUCCAUUCGAUAAACAAAUUUGUUCUCUGAAAUAUUACAUUCCUGGUUACUAUAUUUAUGACAUCAACAUCACGGCUACGUCAUCGGCGUUUAAUUUGGACUUAUACACAGAACACGGAUUGUGGGACCUCAGGGAAACUUUUAUUCAAGUCGAAACAGCAAGUACCAACUUUCAAGUUAUCAGCCUUACACUUCACAUGAAGAGGCGGACCACCUAUUACAUAGCAGGACUUCUUCUACCCAUCGUUCUAAUGAAUUUCAUACAAGUCCUCGUGUUCCUACUUCCGGUUGAGUCCGGAGAGCGCUUGGGAUACUGUAUCACGGUGUUGUUAGCGGUUACGGUUUUCCUCACCAUUAUUCAGGACAAACUUCCAGAGGCGUCUGAACCAAACGUAUCUCUUCUCACAUACAAAUUAUUGGCUGAUAUGGUCAUUGGUUGCGGGAUGAUACUCGCCGUUGUGAUCGGAAUGAGAUUUUACCACAAGACCGACGACAAAGAAAUUCCCGGUUGUUUACAAGGGUUUGCGAAUUGCUUUUAUUUGUGUUGUACACAAAAAAAUUCCAAUAAAAUCGACGAAUUUGCACCGGAGAAAGUUGACUUAGAGCCGAGAGCAAUGACUGCCACAUGGUAUGACGUGGGAAAGGCAUUUGACAGGGUGUGUUUAACGGUGUUCUUUCUGUCGUUGGUACUGAAUAAUUCAAUU